UGCUGCUCUCCGCUGUCGCUCGGGGGCUACGGGAUGACACCGCCCCCGCCCGGACGCGCCGCCCUCGGCGCCCCGCGCGCCCGCGUCCUUGGCCCACUGACUCGGUCGGGGCUCCUGCUGCGGCUGCUGCUGCUGCUCUGGGCUGCCGCCGCCGCCGCCCAAGGCCACUGGAGGAGCGGACCCCGCAUCUCCGCCGUCUGGAAAGGCCACGGAGGACAGGACCGAGUGGACUUUGGCCAGAUCGAACCACACACAGUGCUUUUCCACGAGCCAGGCAGCACUUCUGUGUGGGUAGGUGGACGUGGCAAGGUGUAUUUCUUCGACUUCCCUGAGGGCAAGAAUGCUUCCCGGCGCUCGGUGACCAUUGGCUCCACGAAGGGGUCCUGUCAGGACAGGCGGGACUGUGAGAACUACAUCACCCUCUUGGAGAGGCAGGGUGAAGGACUGUUGAUCUGCGGUACCAACGCCCGGCGCCCCAGCUGCUGGAAACUGAUGAAUGGCACCGUGGAGCCCCUUGGUGAGAAGAGGGGCUAUGCACCCUUCAGCCCGGAUGAGAACUCCUUGGUUCUGUUUGAUGGGAAGGAGGUGUACUCCACCAUCCGGAAGCAAGAAUACAAUGGGAAGAUCCCCCGGUUCCGUCGCAUCGAGGGUGAGAGUGAGCUGUACACGAGUGACACUGUUAUGCAGAACCCACAGUUCAUCAAGGCCACCAUUGUGCACCAAGAUCAGGCCUAUAAUGACAAGAUCUACUACUUCUUCCGGGAGGACAAUCCUGACAAGAACCCCGAGGCCCCGCUCAAUGUGUCCCGUGUAGCCCAGCUAUGCAAGGGGGACCAGGGUGGUGAGAGUUCCCUUUCAGUCUCCAAGUGGAACACCUUCUUGAAAGCCAUGCUGGUGUGCAGUGACACCGCCAGCAACAAGAACUUCAACAGGCUGCAGGACGUCUUCCUGCUCCCUGACCCCAGCGGCCAGUGGAGGGACACCAGGGUCUAUGGCGUGUUCUCCAACCCUUGGAACUACUCUGCUGUCUGUGUGUAUUCCCUCAGUGACAUUGACAAAGUCUUCCGUACCUCCUCACUUAAGGACUACCACACGGCCCUUCCCAACCCUCGGCCCGGCAAGUGUCUCCCAGACCACCAGCCAGUUCCCACGGAGACCUUCCAGGUGGCUGACAGUCAUCCCGAGGUGGCACAGCGAGUGGAGCCCAUGGGGCCUCUGAAGACGCCACUGUUCCACUCCAAAUACCACUAUCAGAAGGUGGUCGUCCAUCGCAUGCAAGCCAGAAAUGGGGAGACCUUCCACGUGCUGUACCUAACCACAGACAGGGGCACCAUCCACAAGGUGCUGGAGUCGGUGGGGCAGGAACACAGUCUUGUCUUCAACAUCAUGGAAAUCCAGCCCUUCCGCCACGCAGCUGCCAUCCAGGCCAUGACACUGGACACUGACCGGCGGAAGCUAUAUGUGAACUCCCAGUGGGAGGUCAGCCAGGUGCCUCUGGACCUGUGUGAAGUCUAUGGCGGGGGCUGCCAUGGCUGCCUCAUGGCCCGAGACCCCUUCUGUGGCUGGAACCAGGGCCGCUGCGUCUCCAUCUACAGCACCCAAGAGUCUGUGCUGCAGUCCAUUAAUCCAGAUGAACCACAUAAACAAUGUCCCAACCCAAAGCCAGAUGAGCCUCCAGUACAGAAAGUUUCCCUGGCCCGGAACUCACGCUACUAUCUGAGCUGCCCCAUGGAGUCUCGCCAUGCCACCUACUCAUGGCGCCACAAUAAGACGGUGGAGCAGAGGUGUGAGCCCGGCCACCAGAGCCCCAACUGCAUCCUGUUCAUUGAGAACUUCACGUCCCGGCAUCACGGCCACUACCACUGCGAAGCCCAGGAGGGCUCCUACUUCCGUGAGGCCCAGCACUGGGAGCUGCUGCCUGAGGACGGUGCCACAGCUGAGCACCUUCUGGGCCAUGCCCGAGCCCUGGCUGCCUCCCUCUGGCUGGGUGUCCUGCCCACUCUCGUCCUUGGCUUGCUGGUCCACUAGGGCCUCCUGAGCCAGGCUUGCUGCAGGCUUCCUCAGCCC